AUGGGCUUCUUCGACUUCGACACGGGGAGCGUCAUCUCCGCCCGCUCCUCCCACUCGCGCCGCCACUCCUCCAAGAAGCACCACAGCAGCAGCAGCAAGCACCGCUCGCGCUCGCGCUCCUCGGAGCGCUCCAAGAAGCGCCACAGCAGCGGCGCCGCCCCGGGCAUCGCCGCGUCCAUCUUUGGCGGCAGCGACCACCACAAGCACAACUCGUCGCGCUCCUCCUUCUUCGGCAUCCCCAGUGCCUCGCGGUCGUCGUCCUUUUUCGGGCCGCCCCUCGUACUACAAGCGCUCCCCCGCAACGGCUUCGUCCAAAAGAUGCUCAAGCAGGUCAAGCGCCUCUGGCGCGACCUCGUCUACUACGCCAAGAAGCACCCCUACAAGGUCUUCGCCCUCGUCAUCAUGCCCCUCAUCACCGGCGGCUUCCUCACGGCCCUGCUCGCCCGCUUCGGCCUGCGCCUGCCCCCCGGCAUCGAGCGCAUGAUUGGCAUCGGCGCAAAGGCCGCCUCGGGCGACUCCCUCGGCCUCGUCGGCGAGGCCGUCCGCAUGGCCAGCGGCGCCGCCGGCCGCGCCGGCAGCGUGCACGUCGAAAGGGGGUACGACGGCGACUACGCGUGGGAGAGGCGGAGCCUCGACCGCGACGGCGGCGGCGGCGGCGGGUUCGGUAGUGGUGGUGGGGGCUGGGCUGACGGUCUCAUGAAUGGCGUUGCCAAGAUGUUCAUCUGA